AAAUCUUACCUUCACCAAGCAACAAACACCUUUCUUCUUUGUUCUCUCUCUCUCUCUCUCUCUCUCUCUCUCUCUCUCUCUCUGUCACACACACAUACACACACACACAGAGACACUCAACCAUCCACUCAAUAUUAUUCUAAUCUCCAUUUUUGAAAAGCUCCUUCUCCAACAACAACCUUACCUCGUCACACCACCAUUCUCCAAACUCUCUUGUUUGUUGUGUUUCGUGUUUGUUCUUCUUUUGUCUGCAUUUGUCCCUCUUUGGUUCAACCACUUUCCCCAACACACUUUUAUUUUAUUAUUAUUAUUAUAAAUAAAUAAAUAUAUAUAUAACUAAAAAGAGGGUAAAAAGAAAAGUAGAGUAUUAUACACUGUACCAUUAACAAAAAUCACUUUUUGUUUCUUAAAAUUUUGGUUAUUUCAACUUCGGUGCGUGUUAAUUCAUAAAGGGUCAUCUAAAAAUGGUUUCUUUUUAGUUCUUAUAGAAGAAAUAAAAAUUAAAAAAAAUCUCAUCAUGGAUCUUGAGUCUGUGAUCCACAAGAACCCAAUUAAGGAGGAAUCAUGGAAGACAGUGUUGGUUUUGGCUUAUCAAAGUUUAGGAGUUGUGUAUGGAGAUUUAAGCACUUCUCCACUUUAUGUUUACAAAAGCACUUUUGCUGAGGAUAUUCAACACUCAGAGACAAAUGAAGAAAUCUUUGGUGUGUUAUCUUUUGUGUUUUGGACUUUGACACUGAUUCCACUUCUUAAGUAUGUGUUCAUUGUUUUGAGAGCUGAUGACAAUGGUGAAGGAGGGACUUUUGCUCUUUACUCUUUGCUAUGUAGACAUGCUCGUGUGAGUUUGAUGCCUAAUACUCAACUUGCUGAUGAGGAUUUGACACAGUACACAAUGAAUGAUGAAAUUGUUGAAAUCAAUAAGAAAAAUGUUGGGUCUCGAUUGAAAUCAUUGUUGGAGAAACAUAGGGUGCUUCAAAGGGUGUUGCUUGUUCUUGCUUUGAUAGGGACAUGCAUGGUUAUUGGUGAUGGUGUUCUCACACCAGCAAUUUCUGUUUUUUCUGCUAUAUCAGGUUUAGAGCUUUCCAUGUCUAAAGAGCAGCACAAAUAUGUGGAGGUUCCGGUUGCAUGUAUAAUACUAAUAUUUUUAUUCGCCCUUCAACAUUACGGCACUCACCGUGUUGGAUGUCUCUUCGCACCGGUUGUGUUGACCUGGCUGAUAUGCAUCAGCACUAUCGGUGUUUAUAAUAUAAUCCACUGGAAUCCACAUGUUUAUGAAGCUCUCUCUCCAUACUACAUGUUCAAAUUUCUUAAAAAGACUCAAUGGGGAGGAUGGAUGUCCUUAGGUGGGAUUCUAUUGUGUAUAACAGGCUCAGAAGCUAUGUAUGCCGAUUUAGGACACUUUUCGCAGUUGUCUAUUAAGAUUGCUUUCACCUUCUUGGUAUACCCUUCCUUGAUCCUAGCAUAUAUGGGACAAGCUGCAUAUCUUUCCAAGCAUCAUUCCAAUGAAAGUGACUAUAGAAUUGGGUUUUAUGUGUCUGUACCAGUAAAACUUAGAUGGCCUGUUCUUGGAAUUGCAAUACUUCAAGCUGUGGUUGGAAGUCAAGCUAUCAUCACUGGAACUUUUUCGAUAAUCAAACAGUGUUCCUCUUUAGGGUGCUUCCCAAAAGUCAAAAUUGUUCAUACAUCAUCCAAGAUGCAUGGCCAGAUUUACAUUCCUGAGAUCAACUGGAGUUUGAUGCUUCUUUGCUUGGCUGUUACCAUUGGGUUUCGAGAUACCAAACGCAUGGGAAAUGCAGCAGGUUUGGCUGUUAUAACUGUCAUGCUGGUGACCACAUGCUUGAUGUCUCUAGUUAUAGUCUUAUGUUGGCAUAAAAGUGUAGUUCUAGCUAUAUGCUUUAUAUUGUUCUUUGGCUCCAUUGAAGCACUCUAUUUCUCUGCAUCCCUCAUCAAGUUCCUUGAAGGUGCUUGGGUCCCUAUUGCCCUCUCAUUCAUCUUUCUUAUCAUCAUGUAUGUGUGGCACUAUGGCACAAUUAAGAAGUAUGAGUUUGAUGUUCAAAAUAAGGUCCCGAUCAAUUGGCUCCUCGGUUUAGGCCCGACUCUAGGUAUUGUCAGGGUUAAGGGAAUCGGCCUCAUACACACCGAGCUUGUAUCCGGGAUCCCGGCUAUUUUUUCUCAUUUUGUUACCAAUCUUCCUGCUUUUCAUCAAGUUGUAAUCUUCCUAUGCAUCAAAUCUGUCCCGGUACCGCAUGUUACACCUCGAGAAAGAUUCUUAGUUGGUAGAAUUGGUCCAAAGGAAUAUAGGCUCUAUAGGUGCAUAGCACGAUAUGGCUACCGUGACGUUCACAAGGAUGAUAUGGAGUUUGAGAAAGAUCUUAUUUGCAGCAUAGCAGAAUUUAUCCGAUCUGACACUUCCGAAUACGGUAUAGGCUUAGGAAGCUUAGGAAGUUUCGAAGAUGAUACAAAGAUGACAGUCGUUGGAACUUCAGGGUCAAACUCAGAAGGCGUGAGGAUUUCGGAAGAUGACCAAGAUAAUAAUUCUCAAAUAGAAGGAACUUCGGAGUUGAAGGAAGUUAAGUCGCCCGAAAGAGUGAAGAAGAGAGUGAGAUUUGUCGUGCCGGAUAGUCCACGGAUCGAUAUGGAUACAAGGGAGGAAUUGCUUGAACUAAUGGAAGAAAAAGAAACAGGAAUGGCAUUUAUAAUGAGUCAUUCAUAUGUGAGAGCAAAAAGAGGAUCAAGUUGGAUAAAGAAAGCUGUUAUUAAUUAUGGUUAUGAUUUCUUAAGGAGAAACUCUAGAGGACCAAGUUAUGCAUUAAGUUUACCUCAUGCAUCUACCUUAGAGGUAGGUAUGAUUUAUCACGUAUGACUUUUUGGAUAGUAUAUCUUUGUAUCUAGUGAUCUUAUACAUGAUAAUUGGUGGCAUUUUGUAUAGUAGUGACCCUCUAAGUCAAGCUUCUUUAUGAGUAAAAGGUGUUAAUAAUUUGUAUUUUCUUUGUACAUAAAUAAGCUAUUUUCAUCCCCACCAUGGAUAUGAAAUGUAGAUAUUGAAGGGAGUCUUUUGAAUGAGAAUGAGAAAAUUCUUUAAAAAA